CUGAUUCUUUUUUUUCCCUUUCUUUUCUCUUGGAAAAAAAAUAAAAUAAAGCGAAGCUCUGUCGUAGCUUGCGGCGGGGGCUCCAGCUUCGUCGGCGAUGGCCGGGGCUGGAGGCACGGGCGGAGCGGGAGGAGGAGGAUUGCGCGACCUGGACGCGCUGGAGGGCGUGCGCUCAAUCGUGCUGAAGCCCUCGGAGUCCCUCGACGAGAGGCGGUUCACGAGGAUCGCUGGCGCCGACUUCAACGACGCCGGCCUCGGGCUCUCCGGGAUGCUCGCCUCGCUCGCCUCCACUGGAUUCCAGGCCUCUAACCUUGGCGACGCCAUCGACGUCGUCAACCAGAUGUUAGAUUGGAGGCUGUCCCACGAGAAGCCACGCGAGGACUGUGAUGAAUCUGAGCUUGACCCUGCAUAUAGAGAAUCUGUGAAGUGCAAAAUAUUCCUCGGAUUCACCUCAAACCUUGUCUCUUCUGGCAUUCGGGAUGUUAUCCGCUUUCUAGUUCAGCAUCACAUGGUGGAUGUUAUUGUUACAACUGCUGGUGGUAUAGAGGAGGAUCUCAUCAAAUGUCUUGCUCCAACUUACAGAGGGGAUUUCACAUUACCUGGAACGCUAUUGCGCUCAAAGGGAUUGAAUAGGAUUGGAAAUUUAUUGGUUCCUAACGAUAACUAUUGCAAGUUUGAGAACUGGAUCAUGCCACUUUUUGACCAGAUGCUACAAGAGCAAUCCACUGAGAAUGUUUGGACACCAUCGAAGGUUAUUGCUCGUCUUGGCAAAGAAAUAAACGAUGAAAGUUCCUACCUUUAUUGGGCAUAUAAGAACAAGAUUCCUGUAUACUGCCCAGCAUUGACUGAUGGGUCACUUGGAGACAUGCUAUUCUGUCAUGCAGUCCGCAGUCCUGGCCUAAUUAUUGACAUUGUUCAAGACAUACAAUUGAUGAAUGGAGAAGCCAUUCAUGCAACCCCAAGGAAGACAGGGAUCAUAGUUCUUGGUGGAGGGCUACCCAAGCAUCAUAUAUGCAACGCCAAUAUGUUUCGCAAUGGUGCGGAUUAUGCAGUCUAUAUCAACACAGCCCAAGAGUUCGAUGGCAGUGAUUCCGGAGCACAGCCUGAUGAAGCAGUCUCAUGGGGAAAGAUUAAAGGUUCAGCCAAACCUGUGAAGGUGCAUUGUGACGCCACGAUUGCAUUUCCAUUACUUGUGGGUGCAACAUUUGCUCGCAAGUUUCAUGGUGCAAAAGAAAGAAAGCCAACUGAAUUUCUGGCCGAGGACUAAAUCUAUUCUUGUCGAAGUCCCCACGUUGACGAGUGUUCGGAGCACGGCUAAUUCUUUCCAUACCAAGGAUAGAGUUGGAGAUGGACUGGGAAAGUUUUGUUGCUACACCAUAUGCUCACGAGCUGUAACCACCAUUCUUUGUACACCUGAUGUUGCAAUAACACACAGUUGAUUACUUUUUUACAAGAUGUGGCGUUUUAUGUGCUAUUUAUAUCCAAUUGGUAUUCGUGUCGUCCUACAGGAGGCUGUUUGGGCUGUGAUCCAUUCACACCUUACCAUGGCACUUUAAAUGUGACUUUUUUAAAAAAAAUUAAAUAAGACGGAUGAUCAAAUAUU